AUGGAAAGAUGUUUGGAGUGGGAGUGUGGUAAGAGGUUUGAGGUAGAUUGUAUGAGUGAGAAUAUGCUUUUAAUGGAAAUUAAGAGCAAAAUGUUUAGCAGAAUGGAGGAUAUUGUAGAGAUUUAUACAGACGGGUCGAAAAUAGAAAAUAGGAAAAGUGGAGGAGGUGCGGUGGUGAUUAGAGAAAUGGGAAAGGAGUGGGUGGAGGAAUAUUUUACAGCUCCUAGUCAGUGUUCAAUAUAUACCAUAGAAUUGACAGCAAUAAUGAGGGCGAUAGAAAUUGCAGACGAUAAGUUUAGAGGAAGGAAUGUUCUGAUUCUGUCGGAUUCGUUGAGCACGAUAGGUAAGCUGGCAAAUGACAACAGAGGACAGGAUAUGGGGGAUGAGAUUGACACGAUUAGAAAUAAACUGAAAAAAAGGAAUUUCGAGAUGGAGGUGGGCGAUGGAUUGGUGGGAAAAGUGGUGUUGGCCUGGGUACCGGCACAUGUUGGGAUAGAGGGGAAUGAGAGGGCGGAUAGGGUGGCAAAGGAGGCCACUAUGGGGGAUGCGGACUUUUGGGUGAAGUUUACGAUAAAGGAUGCUAGAAGGGUUAUAAGAGAGAGAGGAUGGAUAGAGUCAACAGAAAAACACUUGAGACAGGGAGAGUAUAAGGGCAGGAAAUAUUUUGAGGCAAAGUGGAAUAAUGUGGGGAAGGAAUUUCCAUGGUUUAGAGGUAUAGGAGAAUUAAAGAGAGAGACUUUGUGUAGUCUGAGUAGAAUUAGGGCGGACCACUACAAUUUAAAUUGGUCCCUCUUCAGAAAAUAUAUGGUGGGAGAUCCGUAUUGUGAGGUGUGUGAGAGAAUAGAGGAUAUUGAACAUGUGCUGUGGGAAUGUGAUAAAUACGAUAUAAGGAGGAAUGAGUUUGUUAGUAGGAUGAGGGCUUGUGAGGUGAGAAGAGGUUGUGGGUUUUAUGAAACCAAAAAGAUAGGGGAAGCGAAACUCUUGAGGCUGAUAGGUGCCUUUAUUAAACAAUGCGGAUUGAAGCUGUGA